AUGGAAACGACGGCCGCCGUUUGUUUCCGACCGGCAGGGCGCACGCAUUGUUGUGCCGAACGUGGGCGCAUUUGAUUCCUUUUCAUUACUGUUGGCCGCGAUCCCUCACAGCAGGCGAAUUAAACGGUCGACUUGGAAUGAAAAGUUGACUUUCCUGCCUCGCACGUGGCGGGUCGGCGCUUUCUGAAACAUGGAUUACUUUUGUCGGUUGCCUUCGCAGCUUGAUUCGGCGAAAUGUCGGCCGACGAUUUGGCUUGGAUCUGAAUUUUAGGUUUCGACAUUUUUUCUCGCUAUCAAAAGUGGUGCGGGGCAAAACUUCUGUGAUAUAUGAUCAGUACUGUUCAAAAGAACUAUCAACAUGGUGUCCCACUUCACUUUGCAUCUAGUCGUAGCUGUUACGUUCUCUGUUUCACUUGUCUGCUGUCAAGACCGGAAGGGUCCAAUUUUCACCAUAGAACCCCCAAACAGGGUGGAAUUUUCCAACACCACUGGAGCAGUGAUCCCGUGUGCAGCUGAAGGCGUCCCCCCACCCACCAUCCGGUGGGCCCAUGCCCUGGAUGGCAGUUACAUUUCGGACAUUCCCGGACUCCGGCAUGUUCGACCGGACGGAUCCUUAAUGUUCCCACCCUUCCGUGCAGAAGAUCAAAGGCCUGACGUGCACACUACCGAUUACAGGUGUCUGGCAAGCAAUUCGGUGGGUGCCAUUGGAAGCAGAGAUGUGAGAGUCAAAGGGGUGGUCAGCCAGCACUAUGUCGUCGAGGUGUACGACGAGUUCGUGCCACCGGGCAGUACAGCUGUGCUGAGAUGCCACAUCCCGGGCUUCAUGGAGGAGCACGUGACUGUGAUGGCGUGGAGAGAAGAGCCCUCGGGAAAGAUAAUUCAGCCCUCCACCUCUUUAGGCAGCCGAUUCCUGACUUUUCCCUGGGGCACACUCCACAUCCGGAACGUGGAGACGAGCUUCUCGCAUCGCAGCUACAAAUGCCAAACGAGGAACCGCCUCACUGGCGAGAUAGUGGAGAGCGCGACGGCCGGCCGCUUGAUAGUGUCAGAGACCAGAAGCAACUCUCGCCCCAGAAUGGCCGAUGCUAAAAUGCAGGUGUCCGGGAGGAGAGGAGACGUGAUUGCUCUGCCCUGCGUUGCCCAUGGAUACCCUCUUCCCAGCUACAGGUGGUACGUUCAGGAGAAUGGGCAGUUGCGGCCUAUUGUGUCUUCUCAUCGAAUUUCUCAGCUGGAAGGUACCCUGAUUAUCCAACAGGCGACUGUCGCUGACAGUGGGCAUUACGUCUGCCUGGCCAACAACAGUAUGGGAGAAGAAAGAGCGCACACCAGGCUGCUUGUAACAGCCCCCUUAUCAACAUCGAUGUCUCCCGUCGUGCAGAAGAUCCAUGUGGGUCGACCCUGGGUGAUCAAUUGCUCUGUGUCCGGCCAUCCUAUUCAUGGGGUUCACUGGCGGAAGGACGUCGACGUUCUGUCCCUGGAUGGACGAGUGAGUCAGAUAUCUCGGGACGUAAUUCGGAUCGAUCCCGUGCAGAGGGAGGACCGAGGCAUGUACCAGUGUAUCGCCUACAAUGACCAGGACACGGCCCAAUCCGCUGUGGAACUCACCCUUGGAGACGAUGUUCCAGAAUUCCAAGAAACAUUCGAAGAACAAACUAUACAGCCUGGGCCCUCCUUGUCCUUGAAGUGUGUUGCCUCUGGAAACCCCUUGCCCCAGAUCGUCUGGAGGCUUGACGACGCCCCCAUACCCGAGAAUCACCGAAUACGUUUCGGGGACUACGUGACGAAAGAUGGUUUCGUUGUCAGUUUUGUGAACAUCAGUAACGUGAAGACUGAAGACGGUGGCGACUACAAAUGUGUGGCCAAUAAUGGAGUGGGCGAAGUGAGUCAUGAAUCUCGAGUCAACGUUUUGGGUCCGCCUGUUGUAGUGCGAAGAGCAAGGAAUGUGACUGUUGUAGCUGGGGAUGUCCUAGUGUUGAGAUGUCCUGUGGCAGGAUAUCCCUUGGAAAAUAUACACUGGGAAAGAACCGGGGUGCGUUUGCCAUACAAUCAUAGGCAAAAGGCCUACGAUAAUGGAACACUUGAGGUUCAUCAUGUGGAGCGAGCCACUGACCAAGGUCCUUAUGUCUGUGUGGCCACAAAUAGAGCUGGACAGACUGCUCAGAGUACAGUUAUCGUCAGAGUUCAAGUGAAGCCAGUCAUCGAGCCCUUCAGUUUCCCGAAAUCUCUGAUGGAAGGCCAGAGGUCCUCGGUGCACUGCACGGUCAGCAGUGGCGACCUUCCCAUCAAAAUCCGCUGGUUCAAAGACGGUCGGCCCAUCCCUGAAAAUAUCGGUGUCCGGAUGAGCGAGGCCGCCGACUACUCGUCGACGCUUCUCUUCGAGUCUCUGUCACUCCGGCACAAGGGCAACUACACUUGCGUAGCGGAGAAUGACGCCGGCACCGUUAGUCACACCGCUACAAUGGUAAUUCACGUGCCUCCGAGAUGGGUUAUCGAGCCUUCGGACGUGUUUGUUGUCAAGGGGAGAAGUAUCACAGUGGACUGUCAGACGGAAGGCUUUCCCCAGCCACGUGUCAGAUGGACGAAAGCCGAGGGUGACAGCCCUCGAGAUUACAAAGCCAUCGUGAGCAGUCCCCACCUGCAGGUAUUCGAAAACGGAUCUCUGUCCAUCACUGACGCCACUGAAUCAGAUGCGGGCUAUUACCUGUGUCAAGCUUCUAAUGGAAUAGGGCAGGGCCUCAGCAAAGUUGUCAGAUUGAAGGUGUACAUUGCUGCUCAUUUCAUGUCGAAAUUUACUGCCGAAAUGGUGCGAAAGAACCAUAAAACCCGCCUCAAGUGCGAAGCAAUCGGAGACAAGCCCAUUUCUAUCACCUGGAUGAAAGACAAAAUUGCCAUUAAGCCUCAGUCCGAUCCAAGGUAUGAGCUGGUUGAAACCAUCAUGAACUCGGGGAUCGUCUCAGAAAUCAUAAUCCGGCAAGCAGACCGAAGGGACUCGGCUUUGUUCAGCUGUGUAGCCGUCAAUGCCUAUGGAAGAGAUGAUACCAAUAUACAGCUUAUAGUUCAAGAACCUCCAGACGGGGUGCAGGACGUCCGUGUGCUUGAAACUGCCAGUCGAAGUGUCAAACUGUCUUGGACACCUCCCCAGUACAAUGGGAAUAGCCCCAUCACUCACUACGUGGUCCAGUUCAAAGACGAAGGAGGGAAGUGGCACAACCGAAUGCCAAACGUGACAGUCACUGGAACCGACACAUCAGGUAUCGUUGUGGGUCUGAAACCAGCAAAAAUCUACCUAUUCCGAGUCCUGGCUGAAAACCGAAUCGGAAGGAGUGAACCGAGCAAGGCUGUAGAAGCUUUGACUCAAGAAGAAGCUCCUGGAGCCGCACCUGUCAAAGUCCGGGCUCACCCCACAAGUUCUCAGUCUAUUAAAGUAAGCUGGAAGCCUCCAAUGGCCGAACUUCAGCACGGCGCGCUGAAGGGCUACUAUGUGGGCUACAAGGUGGCUUCGACGCCCGAAUCUUUCGUGUACAAGACGCUGGAGAUCGGCGAAGAGUUCAAGGAGGAGUGCCACGUAACCGGCCUACGAAGGCACACCAAAUACAACGUCGUGGUACAGGCCUUCAACUCUAAAGGGGCGGGUCCGCCCUCGGAUGAAGUGACAGUAGAAACACUCGAAAACGAUCCACCUCUCACACCGCCCUUAACUGUUAUGGAUAAAACAACAUCAUCGAUUCAUUUAGCCUGGGACCCCAAUUACGAUACGAGAAAUCCAGUUUCAGGCUAUGUGCUGCACCAUAAACACGAAAGCGGGCCUUGGGAGGAAUCUCACAUCGCCGGGGAUCAAAGCUCCUACCUGAUGCCGAAUCUGCAGUGUGGAUCCAAGUACCAGUUCUUCUUGACCGCUUACAACUCAGCAGGCAAAGGAGAACCGAGUGAGAUUUUGGUGGCCAAAACAGAAGGAGGAGCUCCUCUGGCCCCGGAUAAGCAGUCCCUCUUGAGCACCAACAUGACCGCGGCGACAAUGAAUCUGGUGUCCUGGCAUGACGGUGGAUGUCCCAUUACGUCUUUCCUUGUGCGGUACCGACUGCAACAGGAUAUUGAAUGGACGGUUCUGAACGACGGACCGCUCCCACCGGACAACAGGAAAGUCGACCUGGCUGGUUUGACUCCCGGAUCUUGGUACCAGAUCCACAUAUCCGCCACCAAUCUGGCUGGCACGACGGAUGCGGAAUACUCCUUCUCCACUCUCAAUACAUACGACGCCGCGACUCCCAAAACUGUGGUAAACAAAGUGACGGCACCUUUUUACUUGGAUAUGACCAUCAUUCUGCCUGUGGCGGUGUCGGCCGUUGUCAUCUUCAUCGUCCUUAUCGUUGUCUGUUUCGUCGUCAGAAAGAAACAUUCAUCAGAACACUACGGUACGGGGCCCUAUGAAGGCCGCAAGGGCAGCGGCCACGAGGCUAUGCGGAUGUCGGAGAUGGAGAAGAACAAGAAGCACUCCUCUUCCGUCUCCUCUUACUACCCUCAACCUUACGCCACCACCCAUCUAUCCGGCCGGGGUCGCAGCGACGACGGAACGGAUUCCGGCUAUCAUCAGUUGCAGGAGGAACCCUUAUAUGCCACUGUCAAAAGAACUCCUCGACCACCUCGCUCAGAUGGCCACAUCUACCACUGUCCAGGCCUUCUUCUGGAAGCGGAGCAACGGAACAACCAGACUAACACAUCGACGAAAGACGGUCCAAUGAGGGUCAAGUUGAACGAAGACAGCGCGGACAGACGGACAUCAGGUGAGGACGAUGACAUGCUCAUGCAGAGAAUCCAAAAAUACCUAGAUGCGGCAGAAAAGGCAGGGAUUCCAAGCACCUAAGGAAGUCAUAAAAAAAGAAGUGACGUGAAGAUCAUCUAGUCAAAAAGAAAAGAAAAAAAAAGAGUGUAAAUUUGUGCGAAAGAAAAAGAACAUUUGUUGCCAUUCAGACCAUGGCGUCGAUGACGUCCAUCGACGAUAUGGAAACUUCAACAGAAACUACAGACUGUUCCAUAUUUCGUGGACAAAAAGUGUGAUCUGUAUAUUCUUUUCUUCUACUUGUUCCAUUAUUCAUUCGUAUCAAAGAACUGAAAGAUCGUAGUAAAGUCAUCGGCAAGUUUCACACAGAGGAAUGAGGUAUAUUUCUGUACACCCGUCUUCCCGUUAGUUUAUUUCGAUUAGAUUAGGAUUUCACUCUUUUUACCAAUACCCAAAUGUAUGUUUUGCUUCACAUUUGUUAAAAUAAGCAUUACAACAUUGAUUCUAUGGGGGGGGGGAGUCAUCUUUUGAAUCUUCCAAUUCGAGAUUUCAGCAUUACAAGAGGAUAUAAAAGAGCCAAAAUUAUUUGAUUUUGGAGUAGUUUUAUGUAAAUUUUAUUGAAUGUAAAAUCCUUGCUUACAUCAAUAGCCGAAUGAAAUUGUAUAUAGCCUAUAUAUUUUAAAUGUUAAAGUGAUUUUAGAGUAAGAAUAUUUAAAAGAAAUAAAUUGAAUAAUUCGAUAAAGAUUGAAACACUGGAAGCACAAAUUGCGAGUUUAAUUCUGAUGUCAUAUAUUCAGCCCCUUUCUUGCACCUGAUUCCUCCCUAGAAUUAUAAUUCAGUUGUUAUUAAUUUAUAGGCUCCAUUCAUCAUUUAUGCUGAUUUCAUUAAAGAAAUUUUCGGUAUCAAUCCUCUUAUCAUAUUUUCAUUUAAUUCACGAUAGCUGAUCACUGAUCGCCUUAGUGUAAUUGGUAUUAAUCCAUCAGCUCCGUUCGUCAUUUGAGUUGGUUUCUUUUUCAAUAAAUGCUAAAUUUAAAUUAUGCAAAUCCUUCCAGAUGUAUAAAAAUAACUGUUCCUUGGAGCAUUUUGUCUUGUACUUCUAAUUAUAACUAGAUUAAUCAUACUAUUUACAAAAAUCAAACUUAUGUGAUAAAUACAAUAGAGUUGCUCAUUUAUAUUAAGGACGACAGUACUGCAUAAAAUCGGAGUUCACCCCAAAAUAGUUUUCGGGAACUAAAUAAAAACUAAUGUAUAUAUUUUCUAAAACUUUGUAUAGUACUCCAUUUCCUUUUGAUAUGAAUGAUAAUUACAAAAUCUUUCUGAAAUAGAGCAGCAGCAUAAUGCGAUAAGAAAUUUUAUUCUGACACCAAUUCCAAUAUUCUCUCUUCUCAGAAAGCAAUAGAAAUCCAGAAAGAAAGAUAAGGUACUCUUCUUAUAUCAAUAUCAGGAAGUAAUUAAAAAUCGUAUUUUACAGAGUUUGUAAAUAUUUCAUUAGUUUAUUAAUUAUAUUGAUUAGUCUUGUUUUACUUUCCAGAGCUUCGCUUAAAAUCUUGGAGCUUAAUUGAAAAUGCUAACGUUCAGUACUAUGGAAGAACGACCAUUAAAUUAAGCUGAUAAAUAAGCAUGAAUAUAAUCAAUUUCAUAUCAUUUCUACAUUAACUAAAAUUGAUCCUAACAUAACGAAUUAUAUUUUCAUUGGGAUUUCUAAUAAUGUUGCAAACUUUAUGCGUGAGCGUGGAUGAUGAUGUUCUUUAUGAUAAAAAAAAAAUUCCUCAUAUUGAAAAUUUUCCUAUUUCUGUCUUAAAUUUAAUGAUUUGAUUAAAAUGAAAAUCAAGUUUCACGGAUUUUUAAACGGUGGUCGAAUAAAUGCUAUUACAAUUCAUCUUGAUUUCUGUAUCAUUCAUGUAAACGAAAUGUUUGUUUUGAAUUAUGACUUCGUUAUAUAUUAUUAUUUCCAUAUUUACUCUUCCAUCUUUGAAACAUCUAUAAAGUACAGCUAAAAAUGAAAACAAAUGUUAUUUUUCAUUGCACAGUUUAUUAUCAACUAUUGCUUAACUGAAAGAGAACAAAUAUCUCGAAAAAUUCUGAAGAACAAUGCUUUUAUACAGAAUUCUCUAUCAGUUUAAAUAAAUAAAAAUUAUAUAUAUAUAUGUAUUACAAUUUCAUUUUUCAUAUCAAAUAUCAUGAGUAUGUCAGAGUUCCUACCAAUGAUAUUCGCCAAUGCUUUGGCUUUUGACUGCUGAAUGGCUUUGGACUCGAACACAGCAUCUCGAAUUACAAGAUGAUUCCACUGAAGAUCCACCGUAGGAGCUGGCCAGGUGCCCAAUAAAUCCAUCAUCGUUAAGCUCUUUUUCGUGCAGAAAUCAAAUAAGUUUCAAAAAGAAUUUCAAAUAGGAAACAGUCUUUGUGUAGCUUCAGGAUAACAUCCAUUUACGUCGAAUAAAAUUAACGGAUAUGAGAAUCUAACUUGCUUUAUGUUAAAAAGCACAUACAGAUAUUCCCCAAUGACUUAGAAAUAAUGGUUCAAUAUUUUAAACUUUGUAGAUCUAAUCACAGCACGUAUGUUAUCAUGCAUCGAUUUUAAAACGCUAUGGUGCAUUUAAAUCUAGAAGUGCAGUACAAACAGAUGUUAAGUGUUUUUGAAGAUAGUAAAACAGACUGCUAACUUUCUAACAUUUCCACCCAGAAAUGUUCUCUUUGGGGAUGACACUGUAAUGACCAAACUAUGUGUUAGAGCUUAGAAUGAUCUAUCAAGAGAUCAUUAAUGGAACGUUCCAAUGUGUCGGCUGAUGGCUAUUAAGGAACACGAGAAGUGAAAACGCUGAACGUAUUUGAUCAACAAGAAAUUUUGAGAAAUCAUUGAAUAAGACUUCUAGAAAUAGCAACGUGAAGUCAGCAGGGCAUUUUUUACAUUACGAUCUGCUUAUAUCUGACUGGCGCUAAUGUGCAAAUGAUGUUAUGAAGUGAUUUUGAAAAACUUUCAUUCAGAUUCAAGCAUUUCGAAAUCAAAUUUAUGACAAACAUAGAAAUAUAUUUUCCGUAAUAGAAAGCAUUUGAUUAAGCAUUUGAUUUUCUUAUGCUGUUCAUAAGAAUAAACAUGAGACAUCAAAUUGGCGCUUAUUAACCAGUACCAUAACCAUAAGCUACAAUCCCCACAUCCAGAUCUCAAUAAUUACUUGGAUACUUGGCUGUGCACCAACUCCCACCAUAACGGGUGCGUCGUCAAUUUGAGAAACAAGUUGCUUCAAAGUCUACAAACUUUGAGUAGACUAUGACGGUUUGAGAGUUUCAUUCUGACUUCUUUUUUUUUCACUCGUUUGUAAAUCAUACGCUGAUAAUGCUCCAAAUUGUAUGAAUAUUUUCUCAAAUAACAUUCCAUUGAAGACGGAGAUCUUCAUGCGUAGAUAUCCUGAAGCAUUGCGAGCAAUUUCAUGCAUCGGUGUUUCAUGCAUGUGAUGGAAGUUUUAAAAAAUCUUUAAAAAUAAUGAUGAAAAAAAUUUUUAUUCUAAAAAUAAGCAGCAGUGGAGAAUUAAUUUAAGAGCUACAAAAUAUCUUAAAGUUUAUCAAUUGAUAAAACGCAAAUCCCUUUGAAAUUCUGUCAGUUUUAUGUUAGCAUAUCGUCAUGAUUUCUGAAGUCUGAAAAAAAUAAUUCUUACGCUUUUCGUACAUAAUAGAGGAAAUGUUUUUGGUAUAUGUGAUCUUAAAAUACUAAAAACUUUUAAAUUCAUUAUAAAAAAAUGUUUCUAAAAAUUUUUGGAUUCAUUAUUAAUAAAGUAAUUUAAUUUCAAUGUAAUUAAAUUAAUAUUAUAUAGUGCUGAAAAUUCUGACUCUUUUACAGAUUUUAUGACAAUAUUUUGUCUAAUAGUGUACACUAAGUUAUAAUUUUUUGAUUUUCAUAUUCCAAUUGGUUAUGCAGUGAAAAUUAGUUUGGAAAAAUUAACCAUUAUAUUGCUCUCGGCUGUACUAUGUUUGUCCUUGCAAAGAUCACGAGAUGUUUCAUUGAUAACUCUAAUUAUGGAAAUAACCCGUUUCAUUUCUGUUGAACAUAUAUUCAUUUCUGUGAUGCUGCGUGUGUUUUAUUUAAAAUCCUUACUUAAUUGUUUUCUUGCUAAUUAUUUUUAUCAUAUUACGCUAAUUUUCUGUAAUCACUAUGUUGUUGGUACUAUUUUAAUUUUAGCUUUCUGAGUAAACUUAUCAUACUUAUCCAUCAUAAAUCUAUGGAUUCGUAAAUGCGUAGAUAUAUUCACUCAUAUCUAAGCAUUUAUAAAUCAGUGAACACUUUGAGAAUCGCUUAUUUAAGUUUAUAUGUAAUAAGUUUUCAUUUUUAUUAUGUCUAACAGUUUUUUUUUUGUUAGCAAGUUUGGUAUAGAAUAAAAAAUCACAAUGCCCCAUUCUUCAAAUUAGGAAGCAUCUUUCCAGUGUACUGAAUGCGGAGUGUAUACAAAAUUGUUGUAUAAUCAUUAUCCUUCCUAUGGUAUGCCA